UACAAGAAGCCAAUCCGCCCUCUUAUCAAAGGGGUUUUUGAAAGGUUUCUGUCUCUUUCUUUCUUCACAAGCAGAGACCACGACACUGGUUUGUAGGAAUACAUAGAAGAAAGAGAGAAGAAAGGGAGGUAAAGAUGGGGUCUUUGACGAAUGGGGUAGGGAGAGGAAGAGAGGGAGAGGAAGAGGUAGAGCCAAUACUGAAAGAGCAAAACCAGAGGUUUUGUAUGUUCCCAAUUCGAUACAAUCAACUCUGGGAGAUGUACAAGAAGGCCGAGGCCAGUUUUUGGACCGCUGAGGAGGUUGAUCUCUCCCUUGACGUGCAACAUUGGGAGACUCUCACUGCCUCGGAGAAGCACUUCAUAAGCCAUGUGUUGGCAUUUUUCGCUGCAUCUGAUGGCAUUGUAUUGGAAAACUUGGCUGCACGAUUUAUAAACGAUGUUCAAAUUCCAGAGGCCCGUGCAUUUUAUGGAUUUCAACUUGCAAUGGAGAAUAUUCAUUCUGAGAUGUACAGCUUGCUCUUGGAGACGUAUAUUAAGGACUCGAAAGAGAAGGAUAGAUUGUUCAAUGCUAUUGAAAACAUUCCUUGUGUUACGAAGAAGGCCAAAUGGGCGAUGGAAUGGAUAAAGAGUUCGACUUCAUUUGCAGAGAGACUUGUUGCUUUUGCCUGCGUUGAAGGAAUCUUUUUCUCAGGAAGCUUCUGUGCCAUUUUCUGGCUUAAGAAGAGGGGAUUGAUGCCAGGUUUGACAUUCUCGAAUGAGCUGAUAUCUCGAGACGAGGGUCUCCAUUGCGACUUUGCUUGCCUUUUGUACAGCUUGUUAAGGAAGCAACUUCAUUGGCAAAAGGUUCACUGUAUUGUUCGUGAGGCUGUUGAAAUUGAGACAGAAUUCGUGUGUGACGCCCUUCCAUGUGCUUUGAUUGGAAUGAACUCAACACUCAUGAGCCAGUACAUAAAGUUUGUUGCUGAUCGUCUCUUGGUUGUUCUAGGUUACCAGAAGAUGUACAGUGUGGAAAAUCCAUUUGAUUGGAUGGAAUUUAUAUCUUUGCAGGGAAAAGCAAACUUCUUUGAGAGGAGGGUUGGUGACUAUCAGAAGGCAUCUGUUAUGUCAAGCCUUCAAAACAGUGGAAAAGACUAUGUCUUCAAGCUGGACGAGGACUUUUAAGGACCAAUAUGUUACACCACUCUAGUCUCAACUAUCAAGGAAAGGCCGGACGCAGGCACUAAAAUUUUGGUUGGUGAUAAUUACCUUACAAUCUAAUCCAUUCGCAAGCAAUUCAAACUUUACAAUGCAGCAAAGUUAUGGUACAAGCUAGUAAGUUGAUUAUAUCUUUAUCAGUUUAUCUAUGUUAGGCCGUCAUUGCAGUUGUCAUAGAAGCAAUCAUAUUCAUGAGCAUAGAAUGAAAUCGUAUCUUCAAAUUUGGCGCUCGUCUUAAUCAGAAAGGCACCAUGUAUCUGCAUUCUCUUAUAUUCUAUUUAGUUGGAAUGUCUAUCCCAUCAACUUGUUUGAACUUUA